GAAAACUGGUAGAUACCAUAGAGCAUAUGACGUCUACAACAAACACCUCGAAUAUUUCUUGCUUAUUUAUCUUAAUUCGAGUGAUUUAACACAAAAACUCAAAAGUUAAUUUAUUAAUUUCAAUUUGUAAGAGCUUCUAUUCAUUUUUUAAGGAUUGACAUAUCUCUAGUGCGUUGCAUUUACUAAUCACUACACCUUCCAUGGAUGAAUUGGAAAGAAAUGAAGAGGAGGAGCAAGAGCAAAAUAUAGAAAAUGCUAACGAAGAAGAGGAGCAAGAAAACGAAGAAGAAGAAGAAGAAGAAGAAGAGGAAGAAGAGGAGGAUGAAGAUGAAAAGUUAAAAGAUUUUGUAAGUGAUCUAUUACAAUUGGUACGUUCAGAAGAUAUUGAAACAAUAAAAGAACUGUGUGAAUCACGACCGGAUAUUGGCUAUUUAAGUCAACAAAUAGACGUAACUGGGUGGUCAUCAAUAACUUUGGCAGCUGAAUUAGGUAACAAUGAUAUCUUAGCCUUAUUUCUCACCGAAGGAGCGUCGGUGAGGUCAAGAAAUUCGGCCGGAAGUUCUAGUCUUCUACACUGCGCAUGUGCAAAUGGGCAUAUUCAUACUGUUGAAUUUUUGUUGAAAAAUGGAUAUUCAUUAGAAGAUUUUACGGAAACAGAUGGAGAAGGUUGGAAUGCUUUGCAUUGCGCUGCUGAUGGAGGACAUCCAGAAAUGAUACAGAAAUUAUUAGAAUAUAAGUUAGAUGUUAACUCGAAAGCGACAGAUGGAGCAACACCUCUUUAUUUAGCGGCACAAAAUAAUUUUGCCGUUAUCGUUCAAAUUCUAUUAGAAGCUGGAGCUGAUGAAAAUAUGACAGAUGAUGAACAAUGGCGCCCUCUACACGCCGCUGCAUCUAAUGGUUCAGUUGAUAGUAUAAUAGUUUUAUUAGCUGCAAGUGGAGCCAAAGAUGUCAAUACUCAGAAUUCAGCAGGUGUUACUGCAUUAUAUUUGGCUAGUCAACAAGGACACUCGACUACCUGCAAAGUUUUACUAGAUCACGCCGCAGCGGCAAAUCUUGCUGAAACGGACGAAGGUUUUGCGCCAAUUCACGUGGCAAGUCAGAAUGGUCAUUUCGAUACUGUUCGUACUUUAAUAGCCGGAAAUGCAGAUAAAGAUUUACCCGUUGCAGCUAAUAUGUGGCGACCAUUACAUUAUGCUGCUCAAGAGGGUCAUGUGAGCAUAGCCGAGCUUUUAAUUAAGUAUGGGGCUGAUGUAAACACUAAAACUUCUGAGGGUCAUUCACCUCUACAUGUUGCCUCAGAAAAUGGCCAUUCAGAUGUUGUUGAAUUAUUAUUAAAAAAUAGAGCAGAUAUUGAGGCAAAAGACGGUUUGGGAUGGACUGCUCUCUUCCACGCAGCUCAAAAUGGCCACUCAGAUGUGCUAAACAUUCUACUGAAUAAUAGGGCCAACGUAAAUGCAAAGACAAAACAGGGUCAUACACCUCUUUUGGUAGCCGUUCAGAAUGAAAGCCCUGAAUGUGUCCAAUUAUUGAUAGAAAACGACGCAAUUGUAAGUGUACAGGAAGAGGAAAAUGGUCUAACGCCUCUUCACGCAGCAUGCCAAUCAGAAUUCUGUGUGGAACUCAUCGAAAAACUUCUUGCUUCUGAUAAAGCUCUUCCAAUAAAUUAUCAAGAUAAAAGAGGCUGGUGUGCUUUGCAUUAUUCCGCUGAAAUAGGAAAUGUUGACGCUUUAAGACUCCUAUUAGACAUUCCAGGAAUUCAAAUUGAUGUUCAAAAUGUAGGUGGUAGAACACCUUUAUGGAUAGCCUCUUCUUCUGGUCAUGCAGACUGCAUUGAUGAUUUUUAUAUUCGCGGAAGUGAUCCUUCACUAGUAGAUUUCGACGGUUGGAGUUGUCUUCACGCUGCGGCUGCGGAUGGUCACGCCGAUAUGAUAAAUGUUAUAUUAAACUUAAAAGAUUUCGAUAUUCAUAUCGACAGAAAAACAUAUCAUGGUUUCAGUGCUUUACAUUUAGCCAGCCAAAGAGGUCACUUAGAAGUGGUCAAGCAGCUGGUUGAGUUUAAGGCAGAUAUUAAUCUUGAAGACAAUCAUGGGCAAAAAACAAUACAUUUAUGUAGCACGGUUGGACAACAAAAAGUUAUUGAAUAUUUAGUUGAACUUGGAGCUUCGGUUGACGAACAAGAUAAUAAUGGUUGGGGACCCCUUCAUCACGCAACAAAACACAAUAAAGAAGAUACGGUUAGAUUCCUUCUCAAAUCUAAAGCCGAUGUCGACCUGCAAACCAAGGAAUGCUAUACCCCUCUAAUGAUUGCCAGUCAGCACGGCUACGAACCGUUAGUAACAAUGUUCCUCGAAAAUGAUGCUCAGCCGAAUCUUUUCGAAACAAGUGGUGUAACUGCACUACAUGUUGCCGCAGAUCAGGGAAGAGACUCUAUAGCUCGAGCGCUUCUCAAUGCUGGAGCUGAUCCAAAUGCUAAGACUACGGAUGAAUUAACUUCACUCUAUUUGGCAGCAAAAAAUUCUUUUCUUGAAGUUGUUCGUAUCCUUUUGUUAUCUGGAGCCGAGGUUAACGGAACAGUUUGCGGAGGAUUUACUGCUCUUCAUAUUGCUGCUCAAAAUGGUGAUGAGGAGAUUGUCGAAGUAUUAAUAGCCGCUGGAGCUUCAAUAGCAUGCGUUGAUGAAGCUGCAUGGUCAGCGUUAUUUUUUGCUUGUCAAUACGGUAAAACGGGGGUUGUAAAAAGAUUAUUAGAAACUGGGGCCAAGACAAAUGUUCAAGGUUUGGAUGGGGUUAGUCCUCUACUCUUAGCUGUUCAUGGUGGUCAUAUUAAAAUUGUUGAACUUUUGCUUAUGGCUAAUGCGGAUGUCGACGUGGCAACUACAUCGGGGCAUAGUUGUAUUGCAGUCGCCGCGGAAAGGGGUGAUUUAGAAUUAGCUCAAUUGUUACUGUUUCACGGGGCCGAUGUUAAUGCGGCCGAUGAUCAAGGAAUAACACCUCUUCAUUUAGCAUGUCGAAAUGGACAUCGUAAACUAUCUGAAUGUCUUUUAAAGGCGGGGGCUAUGCCUGAUAUAAAAGCUAAAGGAAAGUUGACACCAGCAAUGGCAGCUUAUCACAAUGGUCAUACGGAUAUAGUAAAAUUACUAAUAAAAUACGGUGCAGCAACACCCAAUAAAAAGGACAAUCAAGGUGAAACUUGGGGUUCCUAUUUCAAAGAUAUGUUCUCUAAAGCUUGGACCCAGAGCGUAAGAACAUUAAACUUCGGUUACGGAAACGACCAGCAGGAAUAUAUUGCGGUAGCUCAACAUAUUUAAAAGAAUCGAAUUUUGGUUGGUAAAAAAGGCAACAAGAUAUAGCAACAAAAAUAAAAAAAACAAUAGUAAAAUAGAGUUUAUUAUUAUUUAUUUCUUUAUUCUUUCUUUUUGUUGGAAACGUUUGUGAAAAUGAAGUUUAAAAAAUAUAAAUAAUCAUUUUAUUCUCCUUUUCGUUUAGUUUUUCUUUUCCUGUUAUAGUAUACUUAUCAAUUGGUGCAUUUACCUUAACUGAUAAAUAUUUUCGCUAUCUAUCACCUUAAUAUUAAACAUUUGUAAAUAAUAACGGUCUUUAAGAUCAAUAAAAUUGACCAUUUGAGAUACAGACUGCAGUAAAAGAAUGAAUGAAUGAAUGAAUGAAUGAAUGAGCGUAACAGAGAGAGAGAGAAAGAGAGAGAGAGACCGCUUUCCAAACAAACAAAUACCUAGCAUUAAUCUUUAUCGACCUGCAAAAAUAUCUACUCAAAUCCCUGAUCCUUUAAAAGUUCGACUAGGUUCAAAAAACAAGAGUCAAUCACAAACGAAGGAGUUGGAAGAAAACAAAUUAAGAUAUCAAUCAACGUAAAGAAUGUAAAUCAUUGCCAUAGCAAAAAGUGUAUCAUUUGAAUAUUUUACGCAUUUAAAACAGUCCUUAUUCUCAUUCCAAUAGCACCUUGAUCCAAAUUUCGUACCUUUCUGACCAGCCGAUCCUAAACUCACUACGGCAACUAUUUUAUAACGGUAGUAUUGGAGUUGCUUGAGGAUCAUAUACUUCAGACUCAAGACGACGCUUUAGAAGAGCUUCUGUUAUUUCUCGAAUGGCCUCUUCUUUUUCUUCUUUAUUUGAUGUGGGCGUUCCGUUCAUGUUAGGGCAUUCCGCGGUCAUUUUUUCUUCCAUUGAUUCAGCGACUCCUAGCGGAUUGCUAUAUAGUAGAGACAUCUCUUCUUUGAAGUUCGCGUAUUCUAAUAUUAUUGAUUGAAAAAUUUUACCAGUUUAUCCGUUCAGGUUUAAUUGAGAAGAAAGUUUCGAAUAACUUUUAACAAUUAACCAAGAAAGCGAGCGAGUUGAAUUGCUGUAAACGUUAUUAAAUUUGAACAAGUUUUGAUCUGUAUGGCCGGGAUCAGUUACGAAUCCAUUUUUAAUCGGAUUACGCAAGUUGAAUCUAUUAAAUAAAUUUGUAUGAGCGAGAAUAAAAGAUAGAAUGUCAUUUAUACUGGGCAGUGACAGUUUAAUGGUUAUCUUUAUACAAAAUCUUAACAAUAACAUAUUGAAAUCGUUUCAUUUGUUUGAAUAAGUUCAACAUGUCUGUUGAACAAUCAAUUAUUAAUUAGAGUCAAAAGUUUGCAACUUAUCGUUUAGUUUCUUGAUCUAUAGUAUUUAGAAAGUGAUUGAGAAGCCAUUCGGUGCUAUAGUUACAAGAUAAAUAGAGGAACAAAUGUAACAAUUUGGGACAAAUAACAUCAAAAGUUUAGUUUCCUUUCAAGUAAACAACUUAAAAAAAAAUCAAAAGUUCUUGCUUUAAAAUUAAUGCUAAAGAUAAACAUUUGUAUCAGAACAUUUUCUUUCAAGA